CCUUUAUGGCUGCCACUUCGUACGGCCCACCACCGACGCUGCAAGGCCUGCGGCUUCCGACGCAUGGAGACGCGAGCCCUUUCCACUCUGCGCCGCCGGCUGUGCAACAGCCUCGGUGCGCAGGACCAGCGGCUCGCCCUGCUGGCACCAUAGACGCCAUGUCGUACCCCAUGCGGCUGCAGUGCGCCCAGUCGCCACUGACCGCAACGACCAAAACGGGAGCGCCUCAAGGAACGACAAAGCAGGACAACUCCAGACGAGGCAAGCGGACUGCGUUCGGACCAGCACCGCGUCGGGACUCAAAGUCUCGGCGCAGCUCGAAACGGCGCAGCUCUCCAUCACGGUCGCCGACGCGGCGUGCGGGGUCCAAGCUUCAGAAAGACCGCAGCCAUGGGGGCAACCGACGGAAGCCCAGCGGGUCACCGUCUGCAAAGUCGCCGCCAAUAGCUUUCGUUCGGAAGAGUGAGGUGCCCGCUUCGCCAAAGAGCCGGAAGCGUAGAACCAAUGCCUCGCCUCCUGGUCGCAACAUACUGCAGGACUCCUCCGGUACUGCACGUCAGCGGCGUGGCUCUGCUGCUCCGCCCUGGCUCCUUCCGACCGAGAUCACGGCUCCGCUCGUUGGUCCUCCUUUACAGCCGCCGCAGCAGCCUUGUGCGCCGGCCACCAUGUACGUCCCGUGUCACAAUCAGAAGUGCGAGGCGUUUCCCAGAUUUUCCGAAAUUCCCUGGGCCUUCAACUCGGUUCCGACGCACCGGGUUCCCAACUACGAAUGCAAAAAUUUCGCACCUCUUCCUGAGCAAGCGGGACAACUGCCACUGCAUAUACAUGAAAGUACUAUGCCACACAUGAACUACGCCGCUGACCCUCUGCCUGUACCUCCGUUGCCGUAUGGCCCAAUCUACGGGUACCACGUAAGUGGGCAGCGUUUGGAGCCAGGCUACAGUCACGUUCCUUCGCAAGGCCAGGCUGCUUAUCCGCCUGACUCAAUGCCAAACGGAAUUCUCCGACAUUACGUUUCUCGAGCCAACGAUGGCAGCCCAAGGUGGGAAACCACUUCACUCGCUACAACCAAGGAAAAAGCGAGCAGUUCCAGCGCGAGCACCACCACAAGCGAGAUGUCCAGCGAGGCGGGCAGGUCGAAGAAGCCGACGGAAAACGCCAGACUCGCUGUGUGCCUCGGAUGCGCCGGUUUGCUGGCCUUCGUGACACUUUACGCUUUACUCAACGUCGCCGUAGGUGGUCGUCUCUCUGCUAAUGACGGUGGACACCCGAUGACGGUUCGAGCGGAAGAUGAGGGUGCCAUGGGAGCUUUGCACAGCUUUGACUCUAACCGACAGGAGGCACCGCAUUCACAGGUGCUGAACGCUCCAUCAGGAGGGCAUAUUAUGACGUCACGGCAUCCGAAAGUGAGCGCGGAGAGAAAAAGUUCCGGCAACAAACGUUCUAGAGGUUAAGAAUAGUGGACGUUUAGGUCAAGGUGAGCCAUAAAGUACGGAAGUGUGCCUGUGAAGAAAUUAGUGUGUGAAAACCGGCUGCAUGCGGCCAGUGUCUUCUU